AGAAGUUGAAAAAUAAUUUAUCGGCAUGGUUCCGAGGUUAGAAGUCGAGAAGGUUGCAAAUAUCGAUGGAAGAAGGGUCCAUGGGACGCGAUAAAACGGAUCGGAUCCAUCGUACGCGUGGAAGCCACGAUCGUUGGAAAAGAUAAUGUCGUUACGAGGGUGUCCGUUCUUGCCAGGGACCCGGGCCAGGAUUAUCGUCAUCGUCACCGACGUUGUUUGAAUAUGCCGCAUCAAUUUGUACCGUCGAUGUUUACUGUUAUCACUGUCCGUGAUCGAUCGCUACGGGGGCCACCGCCGUUGUCGCAGGGACGCAGUCGCUUCGGGCUCACCAUUUUCUGUCAAACGGUCCGUCAAAGCUGUCAGUUUUUCCUUUUUCUUUUUUUUUUACCUCCCUCUCUCUCUGCCUCGUUCAAUUCACGGCGGACCGACCGAAAUUUACGCGAUGCCCGUGACAAUCGCGACAAAUUGUCAAGUUUACAGCGCGCAGACGUACCAUGGACGGCGCAAAAUUGUCCAGAUAUUAUCGAACGAAUAAUUUCGGGCCCCGUUGGCUGCUAUAUCAAUUCCUGCUCGCCGACGUUAAGCUGAGACACGCGAUUAAUCUGGGCUCCAACUGCGGGAUCGUCACGUUUCUCACCUGGGUUAUGAUCUUGAUCGUCCUCGUCUGCUCGAUCACGAACUCGAAGGCGGCCGCUGCGACCGAAAAAGACUUCCUGGCGCUGCAGAAGGAAGCGGAGAAGAAAAUCCCGCGGAAGAAAAGCGUGAUAGACAUCAGGCCAGCUUACAACUGCAUCCAUAAGCACCUGCAGCAGACCGACGUGUUUCAGGAGAAGACGAAGAAAAUGGUCUGCAAGGAACAUUUGGAGCUGGAAAUCUUGGCCAGCAAAAUCAACUGUAUCAACAAGCUGUUGAAACCUGAGGCGCAGACUGAAUGGCGGCGAAGCAAGUUACCGAAAGUGUAUUAUCGUCCCAUUAACUCAUCCACGUCGAAGUAAUGGCCAACAGCGUAACAUUGUAAUUAACCCAUUACAAAUGCGUCCAGUAAAUAAUUACAUCGACUUACGCGCAGACGCAUCAUCGCUUUCCAAUGUCCACACGUAGGUACACUGCCGCUCGAAUUAUUAUCUACACGCGCCACGUACAAAGGGAUUUUUA